AUGGGUCUUACUGUAAGAAAUUAGCAUGCGGUUUUCACCCAGAGAGGGACGAGAUCCGAAUGAGUCUGUCUGUCAUGUUGUAACUCCCUGCAGAUCAAGCAAGCAUACAUAUAUAAAUGGGAAUAGGUCUUCUGUCUCUAGAUGGUUCUUGAAAUUAUUCAUUGGGCACACCCACCGUGACAGAGCAGAGGCCUUCAGCUUAAGGUCUGCAGCAGCAGCCACCAACUCAGCUCGUCUCACUCUCAGUGCUCGCGCCCCACCCCACUACUGAUAGCUCAGCUCCUCUUCCUCCAGCUCAUCUCCCUUCCCAACUAACUCACACAGACCAGCCGCGCGGCAACAAGAUGGAGAUGCGGCUGCUGCUGUCCCUCCUUCUCGUCGCCGUGGUGGCGUCGCGGCUGCCGUCGGCGGCGGUGGCGGCCAACUACACUGUGGGCGACGAGAAGGGGUGGAACCCGGACGUGGACUACACCACCUGGGUCAAGAAGCACAAGCCCUUCUACAAGGGCGACUGGCUCCUGUUCGAGUACCAGAACGGGCGGUCGGACGUGGUGCAGGUGGACGAGGUCGGGUACGACAAGUGCGACAAGGCCAACGCGCUGAGCAGCUACAGCAAGGGCCACAGCUACGCCUUCCAGCUCAAGGAGGCCAAGGACUACUACUUCAUCUGCAGCUACGGAUACUGCUACUCCGGCAUGAAGCUCCACGUCACUGCCAAGAGCAGCCAGAAGUCGUCGGGCGGCUCUUCCUCAUCUUCCGGCUCCUCCUCCUCUGACGACUCCUCGUCCGAUUCGCCGUCCAAGGACUCCAAGAACAAGAACAAGUCCAACGCCGCGCCGCCGUCCCUCCUCGCCGCCACGCCCUACGCCGCCAUUGCCGCAGUCGCUGCCCUGCUUCUCAACAGGAUGCUCUGAUCUGUUAAGAUCUGUCAGCUCGGUUCAGACUUGAGAUCUUGAGAGUUGAGUUGAGUUGCUGCUACUAUACAUUCUUCUUCUUCUUGAUUUUUGUCUAGCUGUUUCUUGCUUGCUUGAUUGGUUCUUGAUUUUUGUUCUUUUUAUUCCCAUUUCUUCUCAAGUGGAGUUUGGUAAUGCUACUGUAGCUGAGUUGAGGAUGCAGUUUGCAAGGAUUAUAUGAUUUUCAAGUGUGAAGAGCUCUAGAUAUAUUAUUAUUGUUGUUGUUA